UCUUCAAUUUUCCUAGUGAUCUAGAAAAUCUCUAAUUUCCCAUUUUCUUUCCCACUUUCUCUUCAUCUUCCUAAAGCUUUCUCAUUCCAAUACACAGCCUUCACUCUCUCUCUGACUGUAUGAUGAUGGCGUUUAAGCUCGUGUGCUUUCAUCUCUUUGUGUUUCAGCUUCUUUUCUGUGUCUCCAACGCCAUUGCUGACCAAAAUGGAGAAGACCCAGAAGGCAAACUUCUCAUUUCUUUCAAAAAUGCUCUACAAAACCCUCAAAUGCUCUCUUCAUGGAACUCUACCGUUUCUCACUGUCAAUGGCAAGGUGUGCUUUGCCAGAACGGCCGAGUCACCUCACUCGUCCUCCCUACUCAAUCCCUCGAGGGUGCUCUCUCUCCUUCUCUCUUUUCUCUUUCCAGCCUCAUUGUCCUCGACCUCUCUGGCAACCAUUUCUCCGGUCAUCUUUCGCCGGACAUUGCCGGGCUGCGGCGGUUGAAGCACUUGUUACUGGGUGAUAAUGAACUAUCGGGUGAGAUUCCUCGUCAACUAGGUGAGUUGACUCAGCUGGUGACUCUGAAACUCGGUCCUAACUCGUUUAUUGGGAAAAUCCCGCCUGAGCUUGGAGGCCUGACGUGGCUGCGGUCUCUCGACCUCUCUGGCAACUCCCUGACGGGAGACCUGCCGACUCAGAUCGGAAACUUGACCCAUCUCCGGUUACUUGACGUCGGCAACAACCUUCUUUCAGGUCCUCUCUCCCCAACUCUCUUCACAAAUCUUCAGUCUUUAAUCUCUCUUGACGUUUCAAACAACUCGUUUUCCGGAAAUAUUCCGCCGGAAAUAGGUAACUUAAAGAGCCUGACUGAUCUUUACAUUGGUAUCAACCACUUUUCCGGCCAGUUACCACCGGAAAUUGGUAAUCUUUCGAGUCUGCAGAACUUCUUUUCACCAUCGUGUUCCAUUAGAGGUCCAUUGCCGGAGCAAAUCUCUGAGCUGAAAUCACUGAGUAAACUUGAUCUUUCCUAUAACCCACUUAAGUGUUCGAUCCCAAAAUCUAUUGGGAAGUUGCAGAACUUGACAAUACUGAACUUUGUCUAUGCCGAGCUCAAUGGUUCGAUUCCGGCGGAGCUCGGAAAGUGCCGGAAUUUAAAGACAUUGAUGCUUUCUUUCAACUCCAUCUCCGGGUCAUUGCCGGAGGAGCUUUCAGAGCUCCCAAUGCUGUCAUUUUCUGCUGAAAAGAAUCAGCUAUCAGGGCCAUUGCCUUCUUGGCUUGGAAAAUGGAAUGGGAUUGAUUCCAUUCUGCUUUCAAGUAAUCGGUUUUCUGGGAGGAUCCCACCUGAGAUUGGGAAUUGUUCUAUGCUCAAUCACAUUAGCUUGAGUAAUAACUUGUUAUCUGGUUCAAUUCCGAAGGAGCUUUGUAAUGCAGAGUCGCUAAUGGAGAUUGAUUUGGAUAGUAAUUUUCUUUCUGGGGGUAUAGAUGAUACGUUUUUGAAGUGUAAAAACCUGACCCAGUUGGUUUUGGUGAAUAACCAGAUUGUUGGCUCCAUACCUGAGUACCUCUCCGAACUUCCUUUGAUGGUUCUUGACCUUGAUUCGAACAAUUUCACGGGUUCUAUACCUGUGAGUCUGUGGAACUUGGUGAGUUUGAUGGAGUUUUCAGCUGCAAAUAAUCUCCUGGAGGGUUCUCUCCCACCAGAGAUUGGCAAUGCGGUUGCGUUGGAGAGGCUUGUUCUUAGUAACAACCGGUUGAAGGGCACAAUACCUAGGGAGAUAGGAAAUUUGACAUCCCUUUCUGUUCUUAAUUUGAAUUUAAAUCUGCUUGAAGGGAUUAUUCCAAUGGAGCUUGGUGAUUGCAUUUCACUCACUACAUUGGACCUUGGAAACAACCUUCUCAAUGGGUCAAUUCCUGAUAGAAUUGCGGAUUUGGCACAGCUUCAGUGUCUGGUUCUUUCUCACAAUGACUUAUCUGGAUCCAUUCCUUCAAAACCAUCUUCUUAUUUUCGUCAGGUCAAUAUUCCUGAUUCAAGCUUUGUUCAGCACCAUGGAGUAUAUGAUCUGUCCUAUAAUAGACUGUCUGGUUCAAUACCUGAAGAGUUAGGGAGCUGUGUGGUGGUGGUGGAUCUUCUACUCAGCAAUAACUUUCUUUCAGGAGAGAUUCCAAGCUCGCUCUCCCGUCUAACCAACCUUACAACCUUGGAUUUAUCUGGGAAUUUGCUGACUGGUUCCAUUCCAUUGAAAUUGGGCUACUCUCUUAAGCUCCAAGGCUUGUAUCUGGGGAAUAACCAGCUCACUGGCACCAUCCCAGAAAGCUUAGGACGAUUGAGUAGUUUGGUAAAGCUGAAUUUGACAGGUAAUCAGCUGUCCGGUUCAAUCCCAUUCAGCUUUGGGAACUUGAAUGGGCUCACCCACUUUGAUUUAAGUUCCAAUGAACUUGACGGUGAGCUCCCUUCGGCUCUUUCGAGCAUGGUGAACCUUGUUGGGCUCUAUGUGCAGCAGAACAGGCUUUCAGGUCAGGUCAGUAAGCUGUUUUUGAAUUCCAUUGCAUGGAGAAUCGAAACAGUAAACUUGAGUUGGAAUUUCUUCAAUGGAGGAUUGCCGAGGUCUUUGGGCAAUCUAUCAUACUUGACCAAUUUGGAUCUUCAUCACAACAUGUUUACUGGGGAGAUUCCCACGGAGCUUGGGGACCUUAUGCAGCUUGAGUAUUUUGAUGUUUCAGGUAAUUGGCUUUGUGGGCAAAUUCCAGAGAAGAUAUGCAGCCUUGUCAAUCUGCUUUACCUGAAUUUGGCCGAAAAUAGAUUGGAAGGCUCUAUACCUAGAAGUGGUGUUUGCCAAAACCUAUCCAAAGAUUCACUGGCUGGUAACAAAGAUUUGUGUGGAAGAAACCUUGGUUUAGAAUGCCAAUUCAAGACCUUUGGUAGAAAAUCUUCAUUGGUAAACACCUGGGUACUUGCAGGGAUUGUUGUGGGAUGUACUCUCAUCACCCUAACUAUUGCUUUUGGUCUUCGGAAAUGGGUUAUCAGAAACAGCAGGCAAAGCGAUACAGAAGAGAUGGAGGAAAGCAAAUUAAACAGCUCUAUAAAUCAAAAUCUCUACUUCUUAAGCAGCAGCAGAUCAAAGGAGCCUCUUAGCAUCAACGUGGCCAUGUUUGAGCAGCCUCUGCUAAAACUGACUUUAGUCGAUAUCCUUGAAGCCACCAACAAUUUCUGCAAGACAAACGUGAUUGGAGAUGGAGGCUUUGGAACUGUCUACAAAGCUGCUUUACCUAACGGAAAAAUAGUUGCAGUCAAGAAGCUAAACCAAGCCAAGACACAGGGUCAUCGAGAAUUUCUGGCAGAAAUGGAAACUCUAGGUAAGGUCAAGCACAGAAACCUUGUACCCCUGCUGGGGUACUGCUCUUUUGGUGAGGAGAAGUUCCUAGUAUACGAGUAUAUGGUGAAUGGGAGCUUGGAUCUAUGGCUGAGGAACCGCACUGGGGCUCUUGAAGCCUUGGACUGGACAAAGCGCUUCAAAAUUGCAAUGGGGGCGGCUCGUGGGCUAGCAUUUCUUCACCAUGGCUUCAUCCCCCACAUCAUCCACCGUGACAUUAAAGCCAGCAACAUCUUGCUGAACGAAGACUUUGAGGCGAAAGUUGCAGACUUUGGGCUGGCGAGGUUGAUCAGUGCCUGUGAAACUCAUGUGAGUACCGACAUAGCUGGGACAUUCGGGUACAUUCCACCAGAGUAUGGCCAAAGCUGGAGGUCUACAACAAGGGGGGACGUCUACAGUUUUGGAGUGAUUCUGCUGGAACUGGUUACUGGGAAGGAGCCAACAGGACCUGAUUUCAAGGACUUCGAAGGAGGGAAUCUGGUGGGGUGGGUGUUUGAGAAGAUGAGGAAGGGUGAGGCUGCAGAAGUGCUGGAUCCAACAGUUGUGAGGGCGGAAUUGAAGCACAUAAUGCUUCAAAUUCUGCAGAUUGCUGCAAUAUGCCUAUCUGAAAAUCCAGCUAAAAGGCCUACCAUGCUUCAUGUGUUGAAGUUUCUGAAAGGGAUCAAAGAUGAGUGAAUGUACAGUUAAGUGUUUUGUCUUUAUGAAAAGAUGGUGUGCUAAUAACACUGUAAAGUAGCUAAGAAAUUUGAAUUUGGUAAACAGCUAAUGCAGUUUCAUUCUCUGAUC